AUGGCGCCUCUCAGAAGCAUUGUGGUUACAGGGGGAGCCUCCGGAAUCGGGCUAGGGAUAACAAAGCAUUUUAUCACGGAGGAGAACACCCAUAUAUCAAUUUUAGACAUCAAUCCCACGACUGGCACGCUGACAUUGGACAAACUUCGUUCCGAAUUUCCGAAUGCGGGCGUGUCCUUCGAGGAAUGCGACGUGUCUUCUUGGGAGAGCCAAGCUGCAGUAUUUGAAAAGAUAUACAACCAGCAAGGCCGAAUUGAUAUCGUCUUCGCAAAUGCGGGUAUCAACGAGAGAGGCAGCUUGUUGCCUUCCAAUAGCGAAAGCGGAGGGCCUAUUAAACCAGAACUCACGACUUUGAAUGUCAAUUUGAUUGGAUGCAUCUAUUCUGUGCAGCUUGGAGCUCACUACAUUUCCAAAAACGAAAUCAAUGGUUCAUCGAGAGGAAUGAUCAUGUGCACUGCUUCUAAUGCAGGGCUAUAUCCAUUCCCUAUGGCGCCGCUAUACGCAGCCACCAAACAUGGAGUGGUCGGGCUGGUUCGAUCGCUCUCGAGAACACUUGCAACAAAGAAUAUUCGAAUCAAUGGAUUGGCUCCUGCCGUUAUUGGUAAGACUGUUGACCCUCAUUUUCCUAUAUUUACUAAGGAAGAGCAGAAACGAACAUUGCUCCUAGUUCUGAUUUGUUCAAGUCAAUGA